UGCCGUCAUUGCAGGCGGCGGCCGUGGUGCGGCAGCCUGCGCGCGCAGCCCUGCCGACGUUGUUGCCGCGCGGCCCGACCGUCGCGCCGUCAACCAACCAAUAGCCCGACCGAACUCGGCACGAGCGCGCGCCGCCGUCUCCUUAUCGACGUGCAAACGUGAUACACCUCUACGGGUGAUACCCGGACCUUCAACAGUGCCGCACAUUUUGUUUGUGAACAAUAUUUUACAGAAACAAUCACUAAAGAAGCCAGAACCCAGAGCGCCGAUCUAAUACAAUUUACAUUAUCAGUGGCUGAAAUAGCAGAAGCGUACAAUCAUAUAUCACAAGGGCCAUGGCGAUAAUGGACGCAAGGGGGCGGAUACCACAUCUAUAGGCAUGGCAGACUGCAGUGUAGAGAGUGGCGGUUAAAGCAGCGGGCAGUAUGUGGGCGCGAGUGUCGCGGGCGCUGCGGCGCGUGGCGCUUCUGCUGCCGCUGGCGCUGACGGCGCUGGCGCUAAUGCUGCUGCCGCGACCGCCGCCCAUGACACCUGCUCGCCUGCACUCCGCUCCCGCUCAGUCCUUGCCGCUGCGCGAGGAAACACAUCUGCAGAACGCGCUGAAUGACAUCGCGGAAAGUGAGGAGAACGCCGCGGCUGCUGACGACGUGUCAGACGUGGCGCACCGGCCGUGGUUCAUGAAGGGUGGCGAACAGCGCCCGUGGCAGACCGACGCGCACAACGCCAGGCUGUUCCCCGAGGAUGCGCCGGGCGAAGACAGGAUGGUCGAACAGCUAAUGUACACCCUACCAAAAGACGAGGAGGUGCCGAUAAAGAAGAUCUUGCUCGCGAACGGGCUGGGCGCGUGGGGCGUGCCGAGCGGGCGCACGGAGUUCCUGCGCAACAAGUGCCCGGUGGACCGCUGCACGCUCUCGGCCGACGCUCGCGACGCGGCCUCCGCUGAUGCCAUCCUCUUCAAGGAUCACCACACGCCUUUUAAUGUCAAGCGCCCGCUCAACCAGAUCUGGAUCCUGUACUACCUGGAGUGUCCGUACCACACGGCGUCGCUGCGGCCGGGCUCCACGGGCGUGUUCAACUGGACGGCCACUUACCGCCGCGACUCCGACAUCGUCACGCCCUACGAGCGCUGGGUCUACCACGACCCGCUCAUCACCGAGAACAAGAUGGAGCGGAACUAUGCCGCUAAUAAGACUAAAAAGGUGGCGUGGUUCGUGUCGAACUGCCACGCGCGCAACCGGCGGCUGCAGUACGCGCGGCAGCUGGCCAAGCACAUCUCCGUGGACAUCUACGGCGCGUGCGGCUCGCACCACUGCCCGCGCGCCGACCCCAACUGCCUCGAGAUGCUGGACCGAGACUACAAGUUCUACCUCGCCUUCGAGAACUCCAACUGCCGCGAUUACAUCACUGAAAAGUUCUUUGUCAAUGGAUUGCAGCACGACGUGUUGCCGAUUGUGAUGGGCGCCCGACCGGCGGAGUACGCGGCAGCGGCGCCGCACAACUCGUACGUGCACGUCGAAGAGUUCGCGUCGCCGCAGGAGCUCGCCGCCUAUCUCGACAGACUCGACAGAGAUGACGCCCUCUACAACUCCUAUUUCAAGUGGAAGGGCACGGGCGAGUUCAUCAACACGUUCUUCUUCUGCCGCGUGUGCGCCAUGCUGCACGCGAGCGAGCGGCGGCAGCGCGUGGCGCAGCGCGCCGACGUGCAGGCGUGGUGGCGCGACGGCGCCUGCACGCGCAGCGAGUGGCGCGCCGCCGCCGCCGAGUACUCGGACACCCAGGACAAGGGCUAGGCCACCAUCCGGCACCCUGCACCCGGUGCCGC